AUGACAUUGAAUAUUGCUAGUUGUGGUCAAACAUCUCGUGGAAUGAUCGAUGUCGCAUAUGUUAUCGAACAAGAGCAACCAGAUCUUGUUGCUUUACAAGAAGUCGAUAAGUUUACACGUCGAUCAGGCAUUAAAAUUGAUCAAUCAUCUGAAAUUGCUCAACUAGCUCAUCUCAAUCAUUCAUUAUUCAUUCAUUCGAUGAAUUUUGAUGAAGGACAAUUUGGUAAUGCUAUUCUAUCACGACAUCCACUCGACAAUAUCGAAUUAGAACAUCAUCUUGAUGGGCAAAAUCAAAGUGAGACACGUUCGAUCGGAAUUGUUUCUUUAAAAAUAAGCAAUCAAUACCAACUUUUCUUUGGUGUCAUACAUCUCGAAUAUGAUACUGAGAACUUACGCAUUGCACAAGUACGACAAGCAAUUGAAGUAUAUCGACGAAUUGUUCCAGAAAAUCAACCUUUUAUUCUUGCAGGUGAUUUUAAUGAUAUACCGACUAGUGAAACUCUUAGAUUAUUAUUGACGGAUGGAGGAUUACGACUUCCAUGUGACCAAUGUCCUAGAACAUAUCCAGCUAAUAACCUAAGUCUAACACUUGAUUAUAUUUUGAUGAAUUCUAAAGCAUGGGACAUAUUUAAAUUAAAAAUUUAUCGAUUAUCAAAUGUUAAAAAAGCAUCGGAUCAUGUUCCAGUAAUAAUGGAGCUUAGAUUGUAA